AUGCAGCAAGUGCCCACAGCUACCCAUGCUGCGGUCGCCGCCGGCAGCCAAGACCAGGGCUUGCUGCUGGGGAUGUGGCUGUAUGUGGCCGGGGCCGCCCAGUUCCCCCAGCACCUCCUGGAGAUGCUGCUCAUCGACCACGGCCACCUCCACGUGGAGCCCCGCGCCGGCACGCAGGAGCUGCUCAUCACCCAGCGCGUGGCCGUGGGGGACCAGUGUCUCACCAACAAUUCCACCUACUUCGAAAUCGCCGCUGGUAACGCCACGCUGGUGAAGCACGCCAAGACCCAUCAAACCAUGGGGACGCUGAUGAACCUCAGCUCUGAAGACGUUUUACUCAUCCAGUACCAACUGCAGAGAGAAAGGACAUACUCGGGACUGUAUCUCUACGCCCGAAACCUGAGCGGGAUCACGGCCCAGCGGGAAGAGUUCAAGCACCAUGCCAAGUGCCUGGGGCUGAGCGAAGAGGAGACGGUGUACGCGCCGUGGAAAACAGAGCUGUGUCAAGUGAAAGAAACUGAAAAAGGCAACAGCCCACACAUGGAGCCGGCGGUCACGGGCACACCAUCACCUCCUCCGGGUACCCACCAGCCUGGGAGCGCGGCAGCUUGGCUGCCAGAAGUAGCACAGCUGGAGCAGAUGUUCCUGCCUAAACCCUUUGGACCAGACAAGAGCUUCCCGAUAACAUUCACCCACAGCAACGUGUGCGACAUAAUAUGA